UAAAAGUAAAACAAACAAAAAUAGCCCUUUUGGGUCAACUUCCUUGAAUUCUCAACCUUUUCCUUUUUUUUCUUCUUUUAUCUUCCUUCCUCCUGCUGAUAGUAGUGCCGACUUAUGACGACGAAAGACGAGGACGCAGCAGGCGCAACCUUUAAUGCUCAGCAUGCUGUUGAAAUAUAUACAAAGGGAACAAGGGCUUGGUUUCCUGAUAAGGAUGAAGGAUGGGUCUCAGCUACAUGCAGUUCGACAGAAAUCAGUGACGAUAACGUCAAAUUGGUAUUUGAGGAAGAUACAGACGGAAAGGAACAUGUAUUCGAAGCAACUUUGGCUCAUAUUACCAAAUUGAAAGGGUCUAAUUUACCACCCCUAAGAAACCCACCCAAUAUAGAAUAUACAGACGAUUUGACUAAUCUAAGCUACUUGAAUGAGCCUUCUGUUUUAAACACGAUCCACACCAGAUAUAUGCAGCAUUUAAUUUACACCUAUUCCGGAAUUGUUCUGAUUGCUGUCAAUCCAUUCGAUCGGGUAGCAUUAUAUGACAAUGAUAUAAUACAACAAUAUUCAGGAAAAAGACGUGGAGAGUUAGAGCCCCAUUUAUUUGCGAUUGCUGAGGAUGCAUAUCGUUGUAUGGUUAAAGAAGGGAUAAAUCAAACCAUCGUCGUUUCUGGUGAAAGUGGUGCUGGUAAGACCGUCAGUGCCAAAUUUAUUAUGCGUUAUUUCGCUACAGCAGAUGAUCACGAAAAAUCAAACAAAACAAGAGGGGACGCUGGAUCUAUGACGGAAGUGGAAAAGCAAAUUUUGGCUACGAACCCUAUCAUGGAAGCGUUCGGUAAUGCUAAAACGACUCGUAACGACAACAGUUCCAGAUUCGGUAAAUAUAUCGAAAUUCAAUUUGAUAAGGAUGCAAAUAUUGUGGGCGCAAAGAUAAAAACGUACCUUUUGGAGAGAUCAAGGUUGAUUUUCCAGCCAGAGACGGAGCGAAAUUAUCAUAUAUUCUAUCAGCUAUGCGCAGGCGCACCGUCAAAAGAGAAGAAGAAUUUUGAAAUAGGCAAUUAUACUGAUUUUCACUAUCUCAAUCAAAGCGGCACUGGAGAAAUUCCUGGUGUUGAUGAUGCUGUUGAAUUUGAAGCGACACAGAAAGCACUUUCCACAGUAGGAUUGUCAGUUGAUUUGCAAUGGAAGAUAUUUCGAGUAUUGGCUGCCUUGCUACAUAUUGGUAAUAUCAAUAUCACAGGUCGUAAUGAAGCCAUCUUGGCAGAUACGGAUGAGGCAUUGAUUACAGCCACUCGCAUGUUGGGCAUUAAAACCGCUGAAUUCCGUAAAUGGAUUGUUCGUAAACAAAUCAUUACUCGCUCAGAAAAGAUUGUAUCAAACUUAAACCCAACACAAGCCCAUGUCGUGAAGGACUCUAUAGCCAAGUAUAUUUAUUCCAACUUAUUCGACUGGUUAGUAAGUAUGAUCAAUGAGAGUUUAUCUUGUUCUGACGAUAAUACCAUCAAAAACUUUAUCGGUGUACUUGAUAUCUAUGGAUUUGAGCAUUUCAAAAAGAACUCCUUUGAACAAUUCUGUAUCAAUUAUGCAAAUGAGAAACUUCAACAGCAGUUCAAUCAACACGUAUUCAAAUUGGAACAAGAAGAAUACAUGAGAGAGAAGAUCAAUUGGACUUUCAUUGAGUUCAGUGAUAAUCAAAAAUGUAUUGAAAUAAUUGAAGGAAAAUUGGGCAUAUUGUCACUUUUGGAUGAGGAAUCACGUCUUCCUGCGGGUACAGACGCAGGGUUCUGUCAAAAGCUAUACGACAAUUUUGGAACCCCUGAAUUCAAACAAUUUUUCAAGAAACCACGCUUCGGUAAUGAAGCUUUCACCAUAGCUCAUUAUGCUCAUGAGGUUCAAUAUGAAGCCGAAAAUUUCCUUGAGAAGAAUAAGGAUGCAGUGCCUGAUGAGCACCUUAAAUUAUUGCAAGAGUCAGAAUUUGAUUUUCUAAAAGAAGUGCUGGCAAAGUCAUUGGAAUCCGCCAAUUCUGCCAUUUCUACUGAAAACAAACGCAAAAGUAUGGUAAAUCGUAAACCUACUCUUGGUUCUAUUUUCAAGCACUCCCUUAUUAGUUUGAUGGAUACCAUUGGAAAUACAAACGUUCAUUACAUUCGUUGUAUUAAGCCCAAUGAAGCAAAAGCUGCUUGGGACUUUGAACCACCCAUGGUGCUUGCUCAAUUGCGUGCAUGCGGUGUCUUAGAAACCAUCCGAAUCAGCUGCUUGGGUUAUCCCUCUCGGUGGACAUUUGAAGAAUUUGCCGACCGAUAUUAUGCCCUGGUAUCCUCCAAGCAUUGGGAUCCUAUGGCCAACACAGAUGUCAGAGAAUUAUGCCAAGUUAUUUUAGAUACUUGCAUCAAAGAAGCUGACAAAUAUCAAAUUGGCGAAACAAAAAUAUUCUUCCGUGCAGGACAAUUAGCCUACUUUGAAAAACUUCGUUCUGACAAAAUUAAUGCAUGUGCAACUGUGCUUCAAAAGAAUAUACGUCGAUUUGUUUACCGUCAGCGUUAUUUGCGCAUGCGGGAUACAAUCUUGAAGCUUCAGUGUCUUGUCCGUAGCCAUUGCGCCAAAAAACAGCUGAGAAAAUUACAGGAGAAUAGAGCAGCCAUCUUAAUUCAAACGAACUUCCGUCGUUAUAAGGCUCGUAAAGAAUAUAUGGCAAAGGCGAAAUUCAUUUUACAACUUCAAUCUGCUAUACGUAGUCGUAAAGGUCGUCAGCAAACAAAACACCUUAGAGAGACAAGGGCUGCUAUUCAAAUUCAGCGUCAUGUAAGGGGUAUGCAAGCAAGAAAAUGGUAUAAAACUCAGUUGCAGCAUAUCAUUUAUAUGCAGUCGUGUGUUCGACGCCGUGCUGCUCGGAAAGAACUGCUUAAACUCAAGGCAGAAGCUAAGUCAGCCAAUCACUUCAAGGAGGUUUCGUACAAGUUGGAGAAUAAGGUUGUUGAACUCACUCAAUAUAUCACUGCUCUUAAAGAAGAAAACAGUAAACUGCAACAAACAAUUUCUCAAAUGAAAUUCCAAAUCAAUCAAUUGAAUGAAAAGCACGAAAAAUUGGAAGAAGAAAAGAAAACUUUAGAUUCGAAAAUGCAUAAGGAAAGCGUACCACGAGUUGAAUACGAUGCAUUAAUAGUUUCAAAAGAAAAAGCCGAAACAGAUCAUGCUAAAGCAUUAGAGAAGAUAGCCACUCUUACUAAUGAUAUCGAGCAAUUGAACCAAGACCUGAGAAAAGAGAAAGAAAAGAGCGAAAAACUUCAAAUAACGGUAGCAACCAAAGAUACUCGUGUCAAUGAUGUUGAUGUGUCAAAUCUGAAGGCUCAAAUUGCCACUUUGAAAUCGCAGCUCGCCAAAGCAAUGCAUACCCGCCAGAAUGGUUUACCACCUGCGAAACAAACAAGUUUGAAAGCACAAGACUCGAUCACACCUUUACGUAAAGACAGCAGCAGAAAGUUGCGCCGUAAUAGUUCUGCAGAUGUAUCUGGUAACGCUUCAAAAUCCUCCAUUGACCAAAUUCGUAAAGCUGAAGAAAACGGCAAGAAACCUCGCCCUACUUCUGUCGGUCAAUCUAAUACCAUCGCCGGAGGCAAAAGUAGUAAAUUAUAUACACUUCCUGAUCAUCCUGAGGACGAAAUUAACGCUAUCUUGAGACAAGAAGAACCCUUACAAGAAGAAGUAGUGGAAGGACUUAUAAAGUCUCUGAAAUUGCCUCUACCAAGUGAGAAAAAUCCUCUUUCUCGCAAAGAAGUCAUGUUUCCCGCUCAUCUUAUUAGUAUGUGCGUGAAUGAAAUGUGGAGAAUUGGCUACAAUCCAAUGUCCGAAAAUUUCUUAUUCACUAUCAUGGACACAAUUCAAAGGCAGUGCUUCAGCUAUGUAGGAGAAGAGGCUAUAUUACCUUGCGCAUUUUGGUUAUCGAAUGUUCACGAAUUGUUAUCCUUGAUUGUCGAAUCAGAGAGCUACUUCGAGAAGGAAAUGCAUCGUAAUGGUCAUUCUAUAGGUUGGAAAGAUUUCGAAAAGUUGAUAGAGACAAUAAAAUACGAACUACAAUGCUUAGAAGAUAAUAUUUUCCAUGCUUGGAUGAGAGAGAUAAAGAGGAAACUCAGCAAGAUGAUUAUACCUGCCGUUAUCGAAAGUCAGUCAUUGCCUGGUUUCAUAACCAACGAAACUGGCAGAUUCUUUAACAAAUUAUUGCUUGGUACUUCUGGACCUGCUUAUUCCAUGGAUAAUUUACUCAACUUCCUAAAUAAGCUCUAUCGUAUUAUGACAAGCUAUUUUCUGGAGCAAUCUGUUAUCAACCAGGUAUUGACAGAAGUCUUAAAGAUGACUGGUGUUACAGCAUUCAACGAUUUAUUGAUGAGAAAAAACUUCUCAUCAUGGAAGAGAGCUAUGCAAAUUCAGUAUAAUAUCACUCGUAUCGAGGAGUGGUGCAAGAGUCAUGAUAUCCCCGAAGGAACACUUCAAUUGGAACAUUUAAUGCAAGCGACGAAACUUCUUCAAUUCAAGAAAGCGACUGUAGAAGAUAUUGAGAACAUCUUUGAUGUCUGCUGGAUAUUAUCACCAACUCAAAUUCAAAAACUUAUAUCACAAUAUCACGUUGCUGAUUAUGAGAAUCCUAUCCGGCCAGAAAUCCUGCGUAUCGUUGCUUCACGCGUUGUUAGCGGUGAUAAAUCUGAUGUGUUACUGUUGGAUUCUGUCUUGAUUGACAAGACCUCCAGCCCAUAUGAGAUACCUGGCCCUCGUGAAAUUACUCUAUGCUUUUACUUACCAUCCUGGUUGAACCUAAAACGUGUUCGUCGACUAACAUUAUUGGAAAGCGCAUUAGCUGAUCAAAACACUGAUGAUAAUGCAGAUAUUGAUAAUGCUACUCUUAUAUUCGAAGACGAUAAGAAAACAGAUGAAGCUACUCUCGUGGAAGAGCCAACCAACUUAAUGUCGACAGUGUAAAAUUGUGUGCAAAAUUCAGAUGUAUAUUUAUAAAUUCCUCCCUUUUCUCGUAUAAAAUAGUUGUAAAUUUCUGAUCACUUAAUCAAUUCUCAAGCAUAUCCAUUUGUACAAUAUUUCUAAACAUUCCUCUGUUGCAGACAAAAAAUUACAUUUAAAAUCCGGAAGCAAUAGCUGAAGUCUUCCUUACUCAUCCACUAAAUAUGAUAAUGUGGCACAGAGGAACAAAACGCACUUUUUGUUUCCAUAAACGUCAAAGGUUAAUAAAUUUGUG